CACCAACUAUGAACACACCAUAAACUCACCAGCUUCUUCAAAUUGACAACUAUGAACACAUCAACACCGAGAAACUACUUUUUUUCUUCUGGAUCUAAUAAAACCAAUGACUAUUACUAUGAUUGACACUAGAAUGCUCGAUCCUGCAAUCACCACGGGACGACACAUCUUCGAUCUCUUUGAUACAUCUUUGUGGUUCGACUUAUCCGAAGAUUCCACCCCUUUGCCUUCAUCAACUGAAUUUGCCGCCGUCGUUUCAGUCUCAGGUUCCUGCUUCUCUGAUUCAUGUUCUUGCGGCCAUGUUUCUUCCAUGCGAGCUUCAUCUUUCUUCUCUUCAGGUUUGCUUUCAGGAACUCCUUCGUCUCGAAUUUCAUUAUCUGUCUUCUCUGAUUCAACCAUUUCCGAUCUUUCAGGUUUCCUUUCGACGAAGUCCUCUUUCGAUUCCAGAGGUUCUUCUCUAUCCAAUUGCUCUUCCAUCAUAGUUUCUUCUUCUUUCUUGCUAUCAGGUAUGGCAUUUGAUGAAGAAGACUCUUCUUGGGAUCCUUGUUUCUGAAUAGGCAGCUCUGCAUCAGGAAUCUUUCGAGAAUCUUCAGGCGAACUACUACCACCAGCUUCAAAUUCAUCCUUGACCUCCUCGAUCGAAACCCCGCGAAUUCCUUUCUCGGAUUUGGGAAUGAAGAUGGUGAGGACCGCUUCCUCGUCGUUGAACUUGGCCCUGAUCCGGUCCAGAACGACCGCGUCAGGAAUCCUGAAGACUUUCCUGAAGGUCCUGAGCUCCACAUCUUUCUUGUACAUGAUCAAACCCAUCAUCACCAUCUCCUGGACCGGCUUCUCCCCGCUGAUCUCUAUUCGGUUCCCUUCUCCAUUGAUCUUUAUGCUCACGUUCUCCCUUCUGAACCCUGGAGAAAGUAGCAAAUUCACUUGAAAAUGGGAAUUCCUGGAAGUGGAAAGAAAAGAAGGGAACUUCCUAGGUUUUUUUCUAUUUACCUUUGAGA